AUUCGUUCUGCAAGAUUCUUUAAGGAUACGCCUAUUUUGCUUUGUUCUAAAGGCUUUAUUCGACAAUGGCGAACUUACGUGAUACUUCCACAAAAAAAACUAAUCGUCCCACAGUGAACGUUGCAAUUCAUCCCAACCCCGGAACUCCGCCAACAAGUACAAGCAGCUCUUGCGAUAGCGGAGAAUACAAACCCGUUUUCUUUAACGAAAUUUCCCAAAUCAUGCGCGGAUACGGUGACUGCGAGAAACCGCUGCGUGAAUCGGUGAUCUUGGUGGAAAAAAUUGUUUUGCAGCAGCUGCGUGGAAUCAUGCAGGAAGCGAUAGACCACGCUAUGUCGCGACCAAACUCUCCCACCUUAUCUCGGCGUGACUUCGAGUACAUUAUGCGCAAGAACCAGGUACGGGUAGCACGGUUGCAAAAGUACUUCCGCGAUAUGGCGCUAAUGAAAAAACGCCUAAAAGAUAUCUGCGGCGGGCGCUACUCCCAUCUCAACCUCGGUGCAUGUUCUGAAACUUCAGACGACGACUCCGACCGGGAGGUACCGGAGAAGUAUGAUGAGGAGAAGAUGCGCCGGUUAUUCCGGGCCGACCGGAUUUCACAGAUACUGACCGGAAGACAGUAUGAAGAGUACAACUCAGCGCGGCGAUCUUCUUUCAUGCAUCGCAACACGGAAGUGAUGAAAAGUAGGAUGCGUAUGUGGUUGAACAUACCGGAGGAUGUUAACAUUACACCAAGCUGCCUGCUCACGUUGUCCUACUUAGCUCACGAAACCAUCGCCGUGCUGGUAGAUUUUUGUAUCUUGAUCAGACUGAAUUCCUCUAACAGAAUUGUCGAUCCGUACAGUCGAGUUACUUCUUCAGGAAAAUCCUACAAUAUGUUACACGCCUGCCCAGAGGUAACACAGGGACGAGGAUUGGAUGGAGUGAAGCCCAUUACCCCGCAAGAAAUCAAUGAAGCUAUGCGACGACAUCGGCAGUUGGCCAUGAGAAGCUCGGGUCACUACAGAAAUGCACUCAAUUUCAAACCACCUUACCUUGCGAUGUAA